GUUGGAGGUCAUAUACGGGCGGACGGACCCGGACCAGUCAUAACAGAGGUGAGCCGCUCAGAGGCAGGAGCUCGUACCGCAGCCGACUGGAACACUUCCUCGGUGCAGCUGCAGCCUCAGCCCGCAGGCCUACCCCGCUAGCUCCGGUGACUUUACCUUCCGCGUGGACUUCAACCGUUUCUGUCUGGCGUCGGGAUUUUUUUUGCAGAUGGUGACUUUUCCAUGGCCUUUGUGUGGGCCUAACUUCGUUUGUGUCGGACCUUUCUGCUUCCAUUGAGAACGCAGUGGACUUUUGUGUGUGUGCAAGAGCAGGCUGUUUCUGUGUCGGGACAUUCCCCAAGAGGGAUAGCUUUGUGACUUUUAGACGCUGACUUUGCACAAACCUGAGGACCAUUUUCACCAUGGGUGACAUCAACCUUGUAGUCGUCGGCAGUGAAAGCGUCGGAAAAAGUGCUCUGACGGUUCGCUUUCUCACCAGAAGAUAUAUCGGGGAAUACCAGUCUGAUACAGAUAUUGUGUACAGACACCAGACCAUGAUUGAUGGAGAGCAAACCAACAUCGAGAUCCUGGACGUCAGCACUGGAAAGGGUGGCGAUUCGUUACUGACCGACAAGCAGAUACGGUGGGCAGACGGCUUCGUCAUUGUGUACAGCAUCUGCGACCGGGGCAGUUUCAACCGGCUCCGGGAUCUCAUCCGGGACAUUCGCGACAUCCGGGCAUCUGAGAACAACCACCAUCACGGACACCGGGAUCAGUACAAUCACUACUCUAUGGUCAUCAUCGGUAACAAAUCGGACUUGGAACACCGGAGAACUGUGUCAACAGAAGAGGGGAAAGCGCUAGCGGCCACGUUAGAGUGCCCCUUCGCGGAAGUUUCAGCCGCAGACAGUUAUCACGAUGUUGCAAAGCCGGUCCAAGGACUUUUGAGGACCGUACACGACACCAAGGUCAUGUUGAAGAAAAGAAGAAAUAGCCAGAAGUUCGUCAACGUUGCCAAGGCACUGACGGGGAUGUUCGGGGGAAGAAAGACGACAAGAAAACGGCGCUCCUUGUAGACAAAAUACAGAACUGUUACAAUUCCUGACCAGCGUCACUAUAAAAUGUAUAUCAGAGAUAUGUUAGCAAUGUUGUAUUGUAAGAAAAAUGCACAAAGUGAUAUGUAAAUAUGUUAAUGUUAUUUAUGACGUUUCAGUGUUUUUUCACCUCCUUUGCAAAGUUCCUUUUCCUCACAUCGCACGGUUAGAAUAACUUCGUAAACGUUCAUUGUUAGCUAAGGCUUGACGAAAAAGUUUACUAUAAAUCUCCCCUAUCUGAAAAAGAGCUCAGUGUCCUAUCUGAACGUUGAAAUGGAGCCAUGCAGAAGAAACAAGUGUGAAAAAUGUCCAAAUCUAUGGGAAUUAUGAGAAAAUUCCGGGAGCGGCAUUGUUUGUAUGAACAAUGAAUCGUCCUCGCGUUCUAAUUCCGGUGCUAAAAGUCCACUAUUAUCUUUGUUGUCCUAAAAAUCGCCAGAAAUUUUAAAAUGUCAGAGAAUGAAUAUAUUUUGUAGAACGUUAUGGACCUUGUUUGUGAAAUUGAAAAGGUCCUGUCUAUUUGGUGUAAAUAUUUCGCGGCCUAAGCCGUUGGCAAAAUACACAGUGUUCAAACCGACCGGUCCCCAAACAAUGGCUCCCUCUAUUUUGUAUGCCCUUUGCUACGCCAUGUUGCUUCUAGACCUUUUUAUGUUCACAUAAUCGGAUUUAUCGCUCACAUUUGUUUAGAAAUCUCCCUACUUCCCAGCCCUCUGCAAAAGGGCAGGUCGCUCCAUGCUGUAAAAACAGUUCUUGUGAAAGCUAUUCCCAUGUUAAACCCUUUGUACCGAAGGAAAAUAAAUGCUUGUUUUCAUGUUGAUACACGGAA